AUGCUGCCGCGCCUGAUAGUGCAGCUUGCGGCCCUCCUCAGCCUGCUCCUCGGCUCUCGCGCGCACGGUAAGGAUCGGGAACUGCCCAGACCUUCAUCUGCAUGGUUUGAAGCAGAAUUUUUCUACCACGUCCUCCACUGGACUCCCAUCCCGAAUCAGUCUGAAAGUACCUACUAUGAAGUGGAGCUCCUGCGGUAUGGAGUAGAGCCCAUCUACUGGAACCCCAUCCGCAACUGUAGCCAGACCUUGGUGCUCUCCUGUGAUCUCACCAUGCAGACCUUGGACCUGUAUCAUAGCAAUGGUUACCGAGCCAGAGUCCGGGCAGUGGACGGAGGCCAGCACUCAAACUGGACCUCUCCCAACACCCGCUUCUCUGUGGAUGAAGUGACUCUGACAGUUGCCGGCGUGAAGCUAGAGGUGCACGAUGGCAUCAUCUUUGGGGUGAUCCAGCUCCCCAGGCCCAAGGUGGCCCCUGCAGGCGACACAUAUGAAAGCAUCUUCCACAACUUCCGGGAGUAUGAGAUUGAGGUUCGCAAGGUACCAGGACGAUAUAAGUCCCAUGACAAGAUAAAACAUGAAAACUUUAACCUCCCAGUCCCGAGAGGGGUGGGAGAGUUCUGUGUCAGGGUGAAACCAUCUGUCAGCUCCCGAGUGAACAAGGAGGUCUGGUCCAAGGAGGAGUGCAUCGUGCUCACCCCGCAGUAUCUCACCGUGACCAACCUCAGCAUCAUCUUCGCCUUCGUCCUGCUGCUCUGCGGAGCCCUGGCCUUCCUCCUGGCCCUGCAGCUGUAUGUGCAGCGCCGGGGGACGCUGCCCACCGCCCUGGUCUUCAAGAAGCCCAGUCCCUUCAGCCUCGUCAGCCAGCUUUCCUGCCCAGAGACCCAAGACACCAUUCAUCCCCUCGAUGAGCAGGCCUUCCCCAAGGUGUCCCCAGAGCUGAGGAACUCGGAGCUGCACGGCAGCACGGACAGUGGCUUCAGCAGUACCAAGCCAUCCCUGCAGACUGAUGAGCCCCAGUUCCACCUCCCUGCCCCCCACCCCCUGGCUGGGGGUACUUUGGGGAAGGGGGCGACCCAGUUGCUGGAAAACAGCUGCAGUAGCGGCAGCAGCAAAAGUACAGACAGCGGGAUCUGCUUGCAGGAGCCCAACCUGAGUCCUGGCACGGAGCCCAGCUGGGAGCCGCAGGUGGGGAGCGACAGCCAGGACCAGCUUGACAGUGGCAUUGGCCUGGUCCAGAACCCUGAGGGGCAGCCUGAGGAUGUUCAGGGUGGCUCAGCUUUGGACCAUGUUAGUCCCCUGGGAUCGGAGGUGGCUGCGGGAGAAGACCCAGCUGCAGGGGCCUUCCAGGGCUACCUGAAGCAGACCCGGUGCCCAGAGGGGAGGGCAGCCGAGGCAGGCGGCCUGGAAGAGGAGUCCUCCUCAACAGCUGGCCUUGGCCCCAGAUUCAGGACAUGUGUGGAUGCUGAGGCGGACUGGCCUCUACCAGCCCUGGCCAAGGGCUAUUUGAAACAGGACCCCCCAGAAAUGACUCUCACUCCCUCAGGGGCCCCAGCUGGACAGUGGAACCCACCAACUGAGGACUGGUCACUCCUGGGCUUGACCAGCUGUGGUGACCUUGGAGCAUCUGACUGGAGCUUUGCUCAUGAUCUUGCCCCUCUGGACUGUGUGGCAGCCCCAGGCGGUCUCCUGGGCAGCUUUGACUCAGACCUGGUCGCCCUGCCACUGAUCUCCAGCCUGCACUCAAGUGAGUGACUCAGGCCAGAGGGCUGCUUUUGGUUUCCGCUGCACCCUGCCUGGACCCAGAGGGGCCCCAGGGGAUGAAAGUGAAGCACGAGGCCAGUCUGAGCACUUUUCUGCA